ACAAACAGACUGGAAGCACUCCUCUCCAGUGAAGAGCUUGUACAAUGGGCUUCUCAGACGCAUCUCUUCUCACCAAGGUUGCGCUAGGUUUGGCCAUUGCCAGUUUUCUGUUUCACAUAAUUGGAUUCCCGACAAAUAGCUGGCUGACUUUCUCCACGUCUGCGGGGACGAGACACGUGGGCUUGUUCAAAGUGUGCGUUGUGGAUGUAUGUGUUGACAUCGACUCCUCCGACUCUGACUGGUGGACUGCCACUAAGGCCCUGGAGGUCCUGGGUUUUCUGGUCGGCCUCGCUUGUCUCGUCCUCCUCGUCGUCUUCAUCUUCCUCAAGACCGAUCUGAGCAUCCUACACAUCGUCGCUCUCGUGGCAGCCUUUGUGGCCGGAGGGUUCGUCUUGCUUGGCUGCAUCGUGUUUGGCGCCAAGAGAGAUGCCACGGAUGCGUUCCCCGCCUACAGUAUGGGCUGGUCGUUUGUCUUGACCCUCAUCGGGUCGCUGUUGUACCUGGCGACUGGGGUCAUCCUGCUCGUGGACAAGCUGAAGGGAUGACCGUCACGUUAUGCAGGAGGUCAGCGGUGACCACCCAUCACACUGCAGACAUUUUUGUCUUAAGGACUCAUUUUUGAUAUCAGUUUUAUAUAAAAAAGGUUCACGAUGUACUAGCAUUACUACUGAAAUGUGUGUUUCAUGUGUUUCAUGUGUUUCAUCACCAUACGCUAAAGUAGCUCGUACUGAUGUGGUUAAGGUAGGACAAUGAUAAUCUACAGGCGACAACUGUCAAGAUGCAUCAUUUACAGUAGUAUCACUUUGUAUAGCUGAUAUCAAGAUAUGAUCAAUUCGUGUCAGCAUAACAAUGAUAUGACAUGAAACGUCAAGAUAUGAUCCAAUAGUGUCAGCAUAACAAUGAUAUGCGUAUAUUGUCAAGAUAUGAUCCAUUAGUGUCAACAAUAUCAAUGUAUGACAUAUGAUGUAUGACCUGUCAUUAGUGUUCGCCUACAUUACAUUUACAAUGUCAAGAUAUGACCCGUCCUUAGUGCACACUUACACAUAUGAAAAUAAAUAUCAGGAUAUGAUUAGUGUCAGUCUACAUAGGAUAGAUAAUUACAAAUACAUAGAGGUUAUCCCGCAAAUGUGUUUGGGGAUUGUAAAUAUCACUGGGUAAGUGAUGUGUCAGUCGGGCAGUGACAGUAGCCAAUAUAGUUCCCACUAAAAUCUGUUUCUUAUACAGUGGCGAUGCAACAUAUACGCAAAACAACAAUUGUUUUUAAUUGCCUUUCGCGGCAAUCUAUCGGUCUGUCAGCUAGAGUAACUGCACUUUGUCAAAGGGAAGCUACUCUAACCCUAGUCUAUGAGACGUCACGGCCACGUUCAGACGUUGUUGACAGUCGGUCUGCCCUGUCAUAACGUUAAGAAGUUACGUCAGAUGUAC